UCGAUACCCGCUGCCACCCCUGCCCAGCUGCCACCUGCCCUGAGAGCUGUGGCUACUGCGUCCUGCCCAAGGACCCCACCAUGUCCCAGACCAAAACCCUGAAGGUCCGUGUGACCCUCUUCUUCAUCCUGGUAGGUGUUGUGCUGGCCAUGGUGGCUGUGGUGACCGACCACUGGGCCGUGCUCAGCCCCCAUUUGGCUCACCAGAACAGUACCUGUGAGAUGGCCCACUUCGGCCUCUGGCGGAUUUGUACCAAACGCAUCGUGCUGGGUGACAGCAAGGACAAGAGCUGCAGAACCAUCACCCUGUCCGGGGAGAAAAACUGCUCCUACUUCAGGCAUUUUAACCCCGGUGAGACCUCGGAGAUCUUCGAAGUCACCACUCAGAAAGAGUACAGCAUCUCAGCGGCUGCCAUUGCCAUCUUCAGCCUUGGUUUCAUCAUCAUAGGCACCAUCUUCCUCCUCUUUUCCUUCCGGGAGAAGAGGGAUUACCUGCUGAGGCCGGCAUCCAUGUUCUACGCCUUCGCAGGUCUCUGCAUCAUUGUCUCAGUGGAGGUCAUGCGGCAGUCAGUGAAACGCAUGAUUGACAGCGAGGACACCGUCUGGAUCGAAUACUAUUACUCCUGGUCCUUCGCCUGCGCCUGCACCGCCUUUGUCCUCCUCUUCCUGGGAGGCCUCACUCUUCUGCUCUUCUCCCUGCCUCCAAUGCCCCAGAACCCGUGGGAGUCCUGCAUGGAUGCUGAGCCUGAGCAUUAG